UGACUAACGCUUACCUUUAAAACUCACAACAGACACAAUUCAGCACCAUUACAUUGUAAUGUUUGCGGAACCGAUUUUUCCUGAUAAAACGCUUUUGUUAUCGCAGUUAAAUUGGAAAAAUUAAUACGCAUAAAGUGGAAGUUUGUCUUUCAUUAUAAAAGGUAUUCACUAUCGUGAAGGAAUAUCUGAAGUGUAUGUGUCCGUCAGGCAUUAUAGAAUUAACCGUUUCCGGAUUAUAAAAAAGAACGAGCACUAGAUAAAUGCAGAACAAUUAAAAGCGAAAUCAAAUAUGGUUGAGCUAUGUCCUAAUUACAGGUAAAGACAGAAGUACAUUCGUAUUUUCUGGAGAUUAAAUUGACAGAUUUUCAGCAGCAACCAGACAAAAGUUAAUAUCGUACAUGUGGUGAACAUAAAUCAGGAUAAAUUUUUGAAAAUGAUGCUGAUUAACUGAAUAUAACAAGCAGCGCACUGUGAUUUUAAAACAUGCUAAGCAUUAAUGGAUCGGAUAUACCUACCGUAUGAACAGAUGGCGCGGCUCCAGAUAUGUACAGAUUCAUUACGAUAAGAGAAAGCGAUAAGAGAAAAGCUACAUGGGUAUAAUUGGCUCUACCAGCUACCGUUGGAGACACGUGCCUUUUCCCGUAGUGCGCACCAUGACACUCAAACAACAAAUUUCACGAAAAUGAGGGAGAACCGUUCACUUUUAGAUAUUCAUUUACUAAGUGUUGCUAAACAUGCCAAUAACAAAGGAUCUAGACAUAAACUGAGUUUUAUGCAAUGUCGACAAAAUUCGAAACCGGACAGAGAGUACCGGAGUCGAGCAACGAGCCCCAGCUAACAGCAUUUACUGGGGUAGGGGAUGUUGACAGGAUAGAAAUUUCUGGUGCUAGCCGUGAUGAAUGUGCAAAGAUACUUACAGAAUUAAACAAUGAGGCUGCUAACUAUUGUAUCUUAUCUUCUUCACUGGGAACAAAAACUGACGGCGAUUUACUUCGCCGGAAACUACGUUUGUCUCGGAUUCGAGCGUGGGACCAUGCAAAACGUGCUCAAAAUAAACUGAUCCCAGUGCUCAGGAGAAAUCUCAUUCGUAGCGAGUGUACAGAGGAGCUAGAACGUAUGUACCGAGCAUUCUCCGCGUGCCUGGAGUUUCUUGAACAACAAUAUUUAAUAACGUUAUUACUACAGACGAAUUUCAAUUCGCUAAAAGAUGACAAGAUACUUAUAAAUUCAGGUCUUUCUGAAAACUCAAACAACAAGAAAUGUCACGACAAACAUUUUAUAGAUCACCUUGCAAGUUCAGAUGCUCUGUCCGUAAAAAGUGUCGGGAGUAACGAUCUACACCCUACAGAUACUGACGACCUUCAAAUUAUACAAAAGGAAAUGGACGACUUACACGAGUUGAUUUACUCCAUGAACCAAAGUAUUGCGAUACAAGCCUGGGAGAUAGACCCAGACAUGGAAACCGAAAAGUUUACAAUUGCAAUAGAAAACGAGGUAUCUGUAGCAGAGUCUUUGGCUAAUACUGAAAAUUUUACAGAGAAUUCUACAUUUAACAUACGUUACUGGCUAGACCCUGACAAUCGUAAAAUCCGAUGCGUUUCUAUAGUGAUAGUAACAAUUAUGUUGAUAAUAGUUGGUGGCAUCGUAGGGAUACUCAUGGGAUUACUAGAUUAACUUCUGUACUCAGGACAACAAUUUAUGUGUAUGUGUGUAACUAUGAACAUGCUUGCGCUUUAGCGCACAUGUAUGUAUAACUCGUGACAGACGUAUUUCAUUUGUGUUCUGUGUAAGUAUAGUAAGCCAUGAUAUGAUGCAAUUAUUAUGUCAUCAGUUUAAUUUUGUAUUUUAAAUGUAAGACCUAAUUUUUGGAAAGAAUAUCAGCGUUAAUUGGUGCAUAGAUGGAUAACGGAUAAAAAUUAUGUCGCGAUUAGCACCGACAUGGGCUCACACUGCAACUGGCAGCUGAUUUUGUUUUAUCUGAUAACGAUUCACGCCUUUUUACAUCUCGAGCAUUACCGAAUAAUGUUAACGGACAUCUGACGAACGUCCGUCUCCGUCUGCUGUGUUUCUUGUCCGUUUCUCAUUCGACGAACGCGCUCCUUCUUAAGUGAAUAUCCGUCAGUCCGGUGGAAAGUUUGAGCAUGCACAAAACUUGGAAUGGAUUCCACCAGACAAAGGCACCCGCUGAAUGUACGGUAGCUUUACGCUGGCAUGCUUUUUGUUUGGAACUCGUACGUUCCUUGUCCUGUUCUUGUCCAGUUCGCGUCCGUUGAUGUCCGGUGAACCUGAACGCAUGUUCAGCCGACAAUUACCGACAAGGAACAGAUAACGGACGUUAAACGGCGGUCGACUUACCAAACUGAGGCCGCAGUUCUGGGGAUUAAUUGGAAGUGUUGAGACGUCCUAUGACCUGACGUUUAGCCUACGUUUAGCUAUCCGGUAACCGGACGUCUUGCCUGCGUUUUAGCCAUCCGAUAAUCUGAUGUCUAGCCUACGUUUUAGCCAUCCGGUAACCAGACGCCUUGCCUGCGUUCUAGCCAUCCGGUAACCGGACGCCGAGCCUACCAUCUAGGGGUAAUGUCUUGAAAUCAAUUUGUUUAAAAACAUAAAUGCUGUAUCAUACUUUAGAUUAAAUUUGUUUACCUAAAUCUGAUAUAAUGUUAAAAUGGUGCUGGUCGUUGUUUAAACGCAUUCAAGUGUUAUAGUUGUACCGAGACAAUUUUAACGAAUAGAUUUUUCAAAGGUAAUGUAAAGAUUUGAUACAACUGUCAAUAUUUCCGAUAAUCGAUAUUAUCGGGUUUUUGACACAUUAAAUAAAGAAGGACAAAUUCAAUUUAUUUAUUAUAUCUUUUAAACGGUUUAAGAUAUCGGUUUUGCUUCAGUGGCAAAAGGUGUUUAAAUAUUUCCUCUGAAUGAUGAUGUAGAUUUAGAAUUUGUGAGUUUAUGUUUUCACCUACCCUUUUAACUUUGAAAAUUGCCAUCCUUGUUUUCCAUUGAAGUCGAUAGUAAAUGUUUAUAUUUAACUCUUAAUAUGUAAGCAAAGAAUAAUUUUCAGAAUUUGUUAUCUUAAAUUUAUCAUCACGUCAAAAUUGUUAAUAUCUAGAUAUGUUUGUAUUUCAAACAUGUAUUAUAAACCGAAGAAAGAAAUGAGAAACUUCAGAAAAUUUUCAUAAAGCAUGCUCAUGAGAUGCUUUAAACAUUAUCACAAAAUAAGACCUUGUUUUUUUAAUCAAUGUGUCAUUUAACAUCUCCCGCAAAAUAUUACUGUUUCAUAAAAGAUCUGCAUUGUUUAUAUUAUUUAAAAAGCGCGAAGUCCGUCUACGAAUAUUCAAUAUGCUAGUUGCUUGUUUAAAUGAAGAACCAAUAAGCUAAUAGCUUCACUUUACAUAAUGCGUUUACAGUAUAAUAUUUUCGCCAUUAUUGAAUUUGUCAUGAUUCCGUGAUUGCCAAUUCAGAAACGAAUGAUCGCGCUUUAGAUUUAAAUUUAGCCUAUAAUAGUUGUGUACAUGUAAAUAUUGCUAUGUAAAGCAAACAAAGCACGCACGCACGCACAACACACAACACACACACACACACACACACACACACACACACACACACACACACUUUCUCUAAUGUAUAUAUUCUGGCAGAGAACGUUUCAUCAGUUUCUCAUGCGUUGCACUUUGGUUAAACCCGCGGUACUGGUCCGUUACUCGUACGGUAAUGUCCGUUAAAACACCGUUAAUUGCCCUGUACGUGUCCGGUAAUCGAGCGAUAUAUAUAUGCGUUUUAUAUGCGCUCUAUACAUCGAUCACGAGAGCCUUGAGCAGCAGCGAGGACGACUUUCGUCACCGGCUAACUUUCUGUCCAUGCGAUGUUCAUUUACACUAUCCAACAAGGUGGGACAGGCAGUCUAGUCUUUCAUGAUUCUUUAACGCAAGUUGUGAACUUGAUGACCCGUAACAAACUAAACGAUUUUUUUAUGUGCGUGAAAUUAGCCAGAGCAGCCAGAGUAGCCAGAGUUCAGCCAGAGUUUAGCCAGAGUAGCCAGAGUUCAGCCAGAGAAGUCAUAACUCUGGUUACUUUGGCUGGCCAGAGUAGCCAGAGUUCAGCCAGAGAAAUCAUAACUCUGGUUACUCUGGCUGGCCAGAGUAGCCAGAGGUCAGCCAGAGUUCAGCCAUAGAAGUCAUAAUUCUGGUUACUCUGGCUGGCCAGAGUAGCCAGAGUUCAGCCAGAGUAGCCAGAACUCUGUUCAGCAAGAAAAGCCAGAGUAUCUAGGAAGUUAAAAUGUUCUGGCUACUCUGGUCAGCCAUAGUAUCCAGAAUAGCCCGAGUCGCCUGGAUUUUAUCUGCUUUGGUUAGUCUGGCUGGCCAGAGUAGCCAGAGUUUCUAGGAUUUUAAGAGCAGCCAGAGUAACCUAGUUCACAAAACAUUUUCCGUCUAAGCUGAAUUUGAUUAUGAAAUUUAAUAUGUUAUUUCUAUCUAAAUAGCAUGCUUAAACUGAAUUUCAAGUUAAUUAAUAUUUUCAAGUGGCUAUUUAGAAUAGCCAGAGUACCAUGAACUCUUGUUACUCUGGCUGGCUGGCCAGAGUAGCCACAGUUAAAACCAGAGUAGCCAGAGUUCAGCCAAAGUUCAGCCAUAGUAGCAAGAGUUUCUAGGAUUUUAAUAUGUUCUGACUACUCUGGUCAGCCAGAGUAUCCGGAGUAGCUCGAGUCACCAGGAUUUCAUUUGCUCUGGUUACUUUGGCUGGCCAGAGUAGCCAGAGUUUGUAGGAUUUUAACAUGUUUUUGCAACUCUGGUCAGCCAGAGUAGCUAGAGUAACCAGGUCCCAUGUUCAUUUAAUAAUUGAGCCGUGCCAUGAGAAAACAAACAUAGUGGCUUUGCGACCAGCAUGGAUCCAGAACAGGCUGCGCAUCCGCGCAAUCUGGUCAGGAUCCAUGUUGUUCGCUUUUAAAGCGUAUUGGAUUUGGAGAAUCUGUUAGCGAACAGCAUGGAUUCUGACGCGCAGGCUGGUCUGGAUCCAUUCUGGUCUCAAAUCCACUAUGUUGGUUUUCUCAUGGCGCGACUCAUAUGUCAUUUCUAUCUAAAUAGCAUGUUUAAAACUGAAUUUCAAGUUAAUAACUAUUUUCAAGUGGCUAUUUAGAGUAGCCAGAGUAGCCAGAACUGUGGUCACUAUGGCUGGCCAGAGUUCAGCCAGAGUUUAGCCAGAGUAGCCAGAGUUCAGCCAGAGUAGCCAGAAACCUGGUUACUCUAGCCGGCCAGAGUAGCCGAGUAACCAGGAUGCCAGUUGCUCUGGUUACUUUGGCUAUUCAGAACAGCCAGAAUUUCCGAGAUGUCCAUUGGUUCUAGCUACCCAGGCUAGUCCGAAUAGCCAGAGAAAAUACUGUAAUACCUAUUGCGAAAUGACCCUUUUGGUUCUCUCAGGUUUGAUUUUUUAGUGUUUUAUAUGUAUCAAAUGAUUCAUAAAACGGACUUCAAAAAUUGUCUUAUUUUUCAGACAGCAGCCAGAGUAGUCAGACGUUCUAGGAUUUUAAUAUGUUCUAGCUACUCUGGUCAGCCAGAGUAGUCAGAGUGACCAUGAUUUCAUUUGCUCAGCCAGAAUUUCCGAGAUGGCCAUUGGUACUAGCUACCCUGCUAAUCAGAAAUAGCCAAAGAAAAUACAGUAAAACCUGUUGCCAGAGUAGCCAGAGUAAUCAGAACUCUGGUUACUGUGGCUGACCAGGACAGCCUGUUUCAUAAUUUUUACAUAGUCUGGCUACUCUGGCUGGCCAGAGUAACCAGGAAUAACUGAAAUGCGCACGGGUUCUGGUUACUCUGGCUGGCCAGAACAGCCAGAGAAAAUACAGACAAACAUGUAAACUAGAGCCAUUUUUAAAAUGUAUGACCCUUUUUCAUAAAAAUCAUAUUAUACAUGAUUAGGUUGCACUAAUCGUUGUAUAUAAUUAUAAUGUAAAUAAAAAGUUAGACCUGUUGUGUGUUGUGUGUGUGGUAUAUGAAGGCGCUGAAAUUCACAAAGAUUAAAGCGAACAGGUCUUUUUAUUUCUGGUAGAUUGAAAAUCUUUAAAACAAGCCUAAAAUAUCAAAUAAAAUAACAACAACAACAACAACAACAAAGAAACUGUAAGACGGCCUGAUUUUCGAACAAAGUUAAGAGUAAAACGAAUCAGAAAAUGACACUUUCAAAAAAAAAAUGAAAUAAAAAUAAAAGAGUAUAUGCAAAGGCUGUUUGUUUAUAUACAUUGUAAAUACUAGUAAAGCUUAGGUAUGUUUUCUUUUUAUAUAAGUUGUAAUUUUACAAAGUAGUCUGCCUCCCACGAAGGGUAGAUACGACUAACAAAUGAUAUCCUGGUGAAUCGGGCUACUGUGGCUACUUUGGCUGACCAGAGUAGCCAGAACAUGUUAAAAAUCUAGAAACUCUGCCUACCCUGGUUAAAUUCUGGAUACUGGAUGAACUUUGGCUACUCUUACUAAACUCUGACUGCUCUGGCCAGCCAGAGUAACUAACCAGAGUUCUGACUACUCUUGCUGAACUCUUGCUACUCUGGCCAGCCAGAGUAACCACAAUUCUGGCUGUUCUGGCUGAACUCUGACUACUCUGGCCAGCCAGAGUAACCAUUUAUGUCUUCUCUGGCUGAACUCUGGCUGCUUUGGCCAGCCAGAGUAACCAGAGUUAUGACUUCUUUGGCUGAACUCUGGCUACUCUGGCUGAACUCUGGCUACUCUGGCUAAACUCUGGCUGAACUCUAGCUACUCUGGCUAAACUCUGGCUGAACUCUGGCUACUCUGGCUGCUCUGGCUAAUUUCACGCACAUGAUAUUUCUUACAUACUUCGCCCUAUGAAAGUGUCUUAUAGCAUACAUUUUAUUUUAUGUCAUAAUGAUAUACAUGUACAUGUAAUAUAAAAUUUCAUUAUUUUCUAACACUGAAGUCGGUUUAACAUUAUUUGAUGCCACUUACUGAUGUAAGCUCGCAUUUAAUAGACAUAGAUAUGUAUAUUUAAAAAAUAUAUAAAAUUUAAUCCGGUGUCGUUGUAUUGAUAUCAAUGUUGGCACAAUCAGUGCAAUUUUGUGAAGGUCAAAUUUUUAAUUUUUCAUCAUCUUAUCAACGCCAUAGGAUGUAUGUUGCAUAUCUUACAACUAGCGCUCCUUCAAGGAUCACACUCGCUACUCUCUAGGAUAUAUAAAUAUGUUGUAUUCAUUACUCACUAUUCCACAUUGUUUUACAAAUUUGAUGCUCCUGUGAAGGUAAGCAUAGAUUAUCAGUUGAGCAUCUAGAUUUAGACGGUUUUAUCCUUACUGUAUCGUUUGAAUCGACACUAGUAUAAAAUGUCUAUUUCUAAGUACAUUUGAAUCUGAUUAAGUUUUGUAUUAGCGAUUUUACAUAAUAGUACAUAAAUUAGUAAAUAAUCACUAUCUGAUAGUCACCUAGAGAUGUUCUGUUAUAUUUUCUUCAUAUUUUGAUCUUUACUAGCUAUUUAACAUGUUGCGAAUUCUCUUCAGUCAGAGGAUUUAGACGUGUUUUAUCCUAACUCUCAGUUUGUAUAAGACUAUUUGUCUCGUAGAAUUAUAACUGUAAUCUCAAUUCUUACAGAUAACAA